AUGAUAUUCCUUAAAUCUGUCAUCAAAGUAAUUGACAAUUCAGGAGCUCAAUUAGCAGAGUGCAUUAAAGUCAUAAAAAAAGGCUCUCCGAAGAGCCCUGCAAUAGUCGGAGACAGAAUAGUGUGUGUUAUCCAGAAAGCAAAGCCCUUAACUCAAAACAUUACAGGAACAGCCAAUACUAAUCGUGUAAAAAAAGGUGAUAUCUGUCACGCAAUUGUGGUAAGAUCUAAACAACGUAAUAUGUGCAGGAAGGAUGGCUCUAUGGUCGCAUUUGGAGACACUGCCUGUGUUUUGAUUAAUAAGAACACUGGCGAACCUCUCGGAACAAGAAUUAUGGCUAACGAUGGCUGUGUAGAUAGAACCUUAAAGGAUAAGGGAUACAAUAAGAUAUGCUCGUUAGCCAGUAGAGUUAUAUAA